AGCAGGAAGAGGCUGGCUUCGCUGUCCACAGUCCCCGCCCGCGGCAGGCGCCAGCCGCAUUGGUGAGGGGCGCGGGCUUUUUGGCCGCCGCACGUCCCCAAGGUCCGGGUUGGAGCCGGAGCCGGAGCCGGAUCAUGCGCACACGGCCACGUCAACCUAAACCUACACCGCCCUCUCCACCCUGCCGCCGCGGUCUCUAGGCCCGCAACGGGUCUCCCAGGCAGCGUCCUCCACGCCUUUCCCACAAUGCUCCGCGCCAGGCUCCGCCCGGGCUCGCUGUCGGGACCGGCGAGUGAGGAGCAGACCUGUUCCGGCCGCGCUCUAGUAGUCGCCGGUGUGGCUGGACCUUCCCCAAACCGUGCGCGGCGGCCGGGCAGUCGGAGAGUGCGUGUGUUACUCUCCCGCACGCGGUGCUUGGGCUCGGCCAGACGGGGACAGCCGCCAGGGUUUGAGGAUGGGAGAGUAGCUACAGGAAGCGACCCCGCGCUGGCAAGGUAUAUUUUUGUGGACAGAAAAGGAAAUAUUAGAAAUGACCUGAAGACCGUUCACAGAUUAACAUUUUCGGGAACAAAUUUGUGAUGCUUGAUUCACCCUUGAAGUUAUAUGGACAGAAGUUCUCAAAUUUGCAUAUUGCAUCAACUGGAACCAGCAGUGACUCUUAAUGUUCACUUAAAUCAGAACUUGCAUAAGA